AUGUCAGCAGUGGCACAGAAAAAUGACUACUACAGAAACUGCAAUAUCCCGAAUCUGAUCAAUAAAUGGAAAAUGAAGAAUCCUUGGUUGUUUCUCAAAGAUGGAAAGCUCUUUUGCAAGGCCUGCAUCGACUAUACGGCGAUUAAUAAGGCUUUCUCGGACCAAAGAAACAAGUUCUCCAACGAAGGCAUCACAAACAUCCGUUCCUCAUCAAUCAUACAACAUGGUAGAACGCAUACUCAUCUCGCCGCUGUUCAAGCAGCGACUCAGCAACCAAGCCCAAAUUCCAUUGGAAAUUUAAUUGUUGUUGCCGAAGCGGCAGGCUUGAUUCGAACGGCUGAUAAAGUGGAUCUUAGAGGAGAUCAUGCAAACCUGCAGAAGGCGACACUGAAUGUAUCCGACGAUUUAUCCGCUCGCAUAACACCACCUCCAAAAGAAGAAGCUUCCAAAAACACCUCAGACUCGACGACGCAAAUGUCGGCAGCGGCACAACAAAAUGACUACUACAGAAAUUGCAACGUCCCUUUUUUGGUUAAUAAAUGGAGAAAGAGACAUCCUUGGUUGUUCCUUAAAGAUGGAAAGCUGUUUUGUCAGAUCUGCAUCGACUACAAGGAAAUGUCUGCCAUAACAUGUUGUCCCGCAAAAAAUACGUUCUGCCACGAGGGCAGUACAAAUUUCCGAGCCUCACCCAUUGAAGAUCAUGCGCGAUCAUUAACCCAUCUUCUGGCAGUUCGAGCAACGACUCAGCAGUCGAGCGAAAAAGAAAUAGAUGCUGCAGAUGAAGAGAUCUCUCUCAAAGAAGAAAACGAAGGAGAAGAAAUAUCAGUAAAAGAAGAAGUUGUCGAAAACGAAGAGAUCUGUAUCAAGCAAGAGGUGGUAGAGGAAGAACAAGCUAUUGCCACGCCAUUCUCGUGUGAGCCACUUCCUGAGUCGAUAAAAGAAGAAAUCGCCGAGGAAAUAACCAUCAAAGAAGAACCAAAAGACGAAGAAAACAAUGCCGAUGCUCCGCCGCCUCUCCCUGAAAAACCAUCAAGAAAAGAGAAAAUGGAUAAAUCGACUUAUUGUGAUAAUAUUUUUGAAGCGAUAAAACUUUCUUGCAAUCAAAUGAACAAGGCGCAAGUGUCAAACUACAACGAACAAAUAAAAAUGUGUCAGAAGACUGUCAACGAUGUCUGCGAAGUCGCUGAGCAGAGUUCCGCUUCUGCAUAUUUUUUGGCACUUUGGCUCGUUACACUUGUUUUUGCUCUUUUCAAAUGA